AUAUGCACUCACGGAGUCAAAGAAAGAAUUAUAAACUCAGGCGAAAACGGAUGGAAGGUUGGAACCUCAACUGCAAACUAGUCUGGAGGAGAAAAAGCCCAUGGGUACUGAUAUUAGAUCAAAUUGAUGAGUAUUAUGUGACUACGAAAAUUUAUAUAUAUUGACAUUAUAUGUGUAGUACAUGGAAUUUUACAUUAGGUAGCAUGUAAUUAGCCAAAAAUAUACCAUGGCAAUUCACCGUUGUUUGCUAAAAACCUUCCAUAACAAAAUCCCUAUAAGCUCAAACAAAGAUAUGCGCAGUUGGCAUGUACGAUUAAAUUUUAAUCGUCGACCAUAGAUAUUUAUAGCAUGUCAAAGUUGUUUACAAGACCAAGACCAAAAGAUACUAUUCUUGCUUUCGCGCGAUGACCAUGACCAAAAGAUUCAACUUUCAGCGAAAUAAGACAUCGGUCCAGCUUGAAUUGCGUUCCAAAUCUGUCAAUGCAAACUCUGGACAUCCUCAAUUAAGAAGUCUCCAAAAAACUCUAUAAAACCAUUCCUCCACAAUGUUGCAUGUAAUUCCUCAUUCCCAUUCGAUCCGCUUUCUCUCGUACCUUGUUUUUCAUAUUCUCUCACGGGAUCAUGGCUACAGAAAUAUCUCCAGAGCAAGGUGUUCACAUAUUCUUUGUCACCGUGAGUGCCAUUCCGAUGGUCCUCUCCGGGUACUUUGUAUUGAAAAACGUCUCGUUCCUUGGCCAAAAACCCGAUUGUACAGAUCCACAUUCGGGUUGGGAUUUGGCAUUCGGGUUUUUCCUGUUUACUCUUUUCCUCUUGGGAACGCUUAGCCUUGCAUGGAGGGUGACUGCCCUCCAGAUAGCUUGCAUGGCAUUGUUGGUUCUCACUAUGGCGUUGAUUGGCGGGGUGAGUAGGAAUGUCUUAUUCGGUGGAAAUGAACCUAAGGAUUCCAAAAAGAUAGAGGAGUACUAUCGUCUCGAAACUUAUCCGUCAUGGUCCCAGAAGUUUCUGUUGAAGGACAAUGACUGGCGUGCCUUCCAAAACUGUAUCAUCGAAAGAAAAGUUUGUGACGACGUUGACAAGGAAGGGAUAUUUCAGGGAGGUUGCUGUGUUCCACCCAUUUAUUGCGGAUUCCAACAAAAGAAUCAAACUUGGGUGAUCCCGGAAUCUGGACUGUAUUCUGAUGAUGCAAAUUGUGUCAUGUGGAGCAGUGAAAAUGGAAAAUUGUGCUACAACUGCGACACUUGCAAAGCUUCGUAUAUCCACAACUUCGCUUUCAAAUGGUACAUGAGAGGGGAUGACCAGAUGUACGCAGUCCUCGUAUGGAUUUUUUGCUUCGGUCUUACUUACGCAAUUGAAAAGGAGAACAGCCAAAGACGCAACAGAACUGUUCAGUCUACCGCAUGAAGUACUUCGAAGACCAUGAUUUGACUAUCAGUAUUAUUGGCGCAAUUUGAAUAGUAUCGAAAACUCUAAAUCGACAAACACUUGACGCCUCACAAGCACUCACACUCACACUCACUCACAAUGGUGUGUUUGGUUCACGUAUUCACGUACACUUCACGCAUGCUCACAUGGUGUGUGAGGUUCACAUACAGUAAGAGUAUGAUAUUCUUUUAUAAAUCAUCUCAAAUUAGUGCAAAUAGAAGGAUUACUGCAGCUGGUGCAUUGCCCGCAAGCUUAUGAUAUUGCAACAAGCCUAUUUACAUUUACUUGGAACCAAUAUUAUCCUUGCAAAGAUGAUAUAUUUUUUUUAUUUCUGGUACAUGUUUGGGCAAUUUUGCUUUGCUGAACUAGUGGCUAUUUUUGUAUAUGUACAUCAUACAUAUACCAUAUUGAAAUGGAUAGGAGCAUAUAACCGAGAAGUACGGCCGAGUGGACAUGAGAAAGUAAGUGCUUGUCUUGCAUAAGAUCGCAUGUUUGAAUCCCAUGGAGGCCAAACAUUUCAAAUCUUGAACCCACUGCAGGGUUUACCUCGUCGUUAACUUUAAGGCCUUGAAACUAGCCGAGAUGCGUGCAAACUGGCCCAAAGAUCUAGUUAUCAAAAAGGAAUGGG